UCUGAGGAGUAUGAAGUGUCAUUCAGCAGUUUUCUGUCUUUUAUUUUUUGUGGAAUGUAUUGCAGAUGAGGAUUUGUAUGAUGUCCUUGGAAUUCGUAGAUCAGCGUCGACCAAAGAAAUAAAGCAAGCCUACAAAAACCUUGCGAGAGAAUGGCAUCCAGACAAAAACAAAGAUCCAUCAGCAGCAGAUAAAUUUACUAAAAUCAAUGAGGCAUAUGAGACUUUGGGGGACCCAGAACGAAGAAGUCAGUACGACAAGUUUGGUUACACCUCAGCUAAAGAACACAGACAACAGAGCAGGGGCAGCCCAUUUGGUGACCCAUUUGGAGAUCCAUUUGAAGGAUUCUUUCAUCAUUUUGGAGGGUUUGACUUCAAAUUUGGAGGAUCAGGAUUUACAGAUACUUUCAUUGAGAAGAAUAACAUAAACAUGAGAGUUUAUGAAACAAAAAUAUUACCUGAUAGUCACCAGAAGCCAUAUGUUCUGUAUGCCUAUGCUGAGUUUUGCUAUGAAUGUGUUCAUUUGGAGCCUGUUCUUGAAAAAUUGUUUAAAGAACUGGAGUUUGUUGGAAUUGGUAUGGGAACAUUCCAUGCAGGAAAAGCACAGCGAUUGGCAGUGGAAUUGAGAACUACUCGAGUUCCAAGGAUAAUGGCUGUGUUGAAUGGGCGUGUCACAGACUUCAGGGGGCGUGUCACGCUUCACAACCUCAGACAGUUUGUCAGAGGGCUCUUUCCAAAUAAGUUAAUUCAACCUAUAAACGAUGGAAACAUUGAUGACUUCCUGAGUGGGUGGGAGGACAACCGCAUGCGGGGAAUAUUCUUUUCUCCAAAGGAGGAAAUUUCUGCCUUGUUUUUGGCCCCAGCCUUUUACUACAAAAGUUUUGUAACAUUUGGGCAUGUCAACACCAACUCUGAUGAUGUGUACAAAAUCCUGAGAAAGUUUAACCUUCACAGUGGACAUAAAAGUCUGUUAAUGUUCAACGAGGACAGUCAGUCUCCUGUCGCUUCACUCAGUAUGCAGCAGAUGUCGCGUUCUACCAUUGAUGAAGUCAUUGAGUCAAACAAGUUUCUCUUACUGCCACGGAUUUCUUCACAGACUUAUUUUGAGCAGCUUUGUCCAGCAGAAUUGAAAGCCAAACGCAAAAAGUUAUGUGUGGUGCUUAUUACCAAAAAGAGUGAAGAGAAUGAGAGGACGAAAUUCAGGAGAUAUCUGCAGAAGUCUUCCUUCUUAAACCAUGAGAGGGUGAGGUUCACAUACAUGUAUGAAGAAACUCAGGCCAACAUCAUCAAAACCCUGAAUGAGAACGAGGAAUCAGAUAGCAGUGGAGCAGAAAAGAAUGUGGUUAUCAUCUGGAGAGUAGAGAAGAACCAUCUGAGUUAUGAAUGGCUGAAGAAUGCCCUAACAAAAGAUUCAGACAUGCAUGAUCUCCAGAAAGAACUGGAAAUGAGGGUUAAACAGUUGUUAAAUUCUGAUGAGUCUCUGACCUACAGAACCAUACUGCCUGAAUUUCAUAAUGAACAUGCUUUGCAUCUUUUAGUUCGAAUCUUUCAUCGAUUUCAACACUGGGGAGAAAGACUGUGGUUAUUUGUAACAAGUAUGGACCCUGUGACAGUCCUGACCCUGUUUAUGGCUAUUGCUAUGGUGUUUGGUAUGGGUUACUUUAUGUCUACCAUGGCGCAGAUUGAGGAGGAGCAGCUGAGGGAGAGACAGCCCAGACAGAGCAGACCCCGACCCCCGUCCAGGACUCCAGACCAGAAGAGAGUAAACCUGUAUGAACUGACGCCUGACACAUACGACACUCUCGUUCUGAACUCUGAGGCUGGACUGACUAUGAUUUUACUGGUCAACUACGAAUCUGGGGAUAAACUUCUCAAUAAGUACAAAGAAAUUGUUCUCCCUCUGACCAGAUACAGUGGUCUGUCAUUUGCCUUUCUGAGACUGGAGAGCUACAUUGGUUGGUACUCUCACUUACUGGAGGACAGUGUGGGACAUAAAGUGGAACUAAAGAACAUAAACAUUAACAACUGUAUAGGCACAGUGUUAGCUGUGAAUGGUAUGCGUAAAUACUACUAUAUAUACCAGCCCAAGAAGGCUAGAAAGUGGAUUAGGCAAAGUGGGAAGAAUAUUCCUAGUGCCAUUGGAAUGUUUGACUCGGAUGAAAACUCGGACAGCGACCAGGACUCACGAGUUAUACUCGUAGAGGAACUUCUAGAUGGACUGAUAGACUGGUUUGACAAAGUGUUCGAUGGAUCUCAGAGGAAAAUUCGAGUCAGCUCUUGGCCGGAUCUAAGAGCAGUGUGAGGAACAUCCUUAUUCUAAUGACCUUUUUUAUCCUUUAUACCACUGAUGCCAUUGUGUUCAUGUGUGAUCGUUGUGAUCUUUUUUUUUGUGCUUGCUACAAGCCUUUUCUUGAUGUGAUCUCCGUUUUUUUCUUUAUUGUUGUUUAAUAUAUAUAUAAUUUAUUGUUGUAUAAACUUAGUUUAUGUGGUUUGAAAAACCAAAAAUUAUCACAAAUAUGAGAAACCUGAGAUAUGUUCAACAACAUGGCCUUUUUGUAUAACACUGGAAAGAUUGUGCAUUGAUUUGUUGCCAUUAAGCCCUGUUUGCUAUAUACAGUAGCACAAAAUAUUUUUCUCAGGUACGAAAUCCAAUUUGUUUUUUGAGAACACAAUUUUUUUUAUGAGCAUCUAUGGAACACUAGUUUUUGGGAUGAUUAAUGGUCAAAUAGUGCUCAAUGUUGUCAAUAUCAUUUAUUUAUUUAUUUAAUCAAGAUGUAAUAGUAACUUAUCAGAACUCCAAAGAUAUACAGAUGUGCAUUACAUUCUUUAAUUUGUUGAUAGUUAUAUUUGAUGCAAAAUCAAAAUUGAUUAUUCAGUAAAGAGUCUUAUUUAUGCAGCUAAAUACUGUUCCUGCCAAAAAAAGGAAGAUUCAAGUACCAUGCAUAAUCAGCAUUAUCCAUUUCUUUGCCUUUUUAAUUGUCAUUUAAUACAAAAUACCCAGUGAAUUUAUAAUAUUGUAUUUCAA